AUCGUAAACUUAGCACAUGCGAAAUUUUCAUAGAUGUGUAGAGGCAAAACUUAAACUCAAAUAUUUUUUUUCGACAAAUAAACAACUUAUAGAUAAGUUUAAACUUAAUAUAUAUAAUAUAGGAUGCCUUUGUUUAAAUGGUACAAUCUUCAACCCUAAUGAAACACCCCCUUUUCACCCUGUGGUGCUUAUAAAUAUUGAACGUUGAACUCUUUCUUUCUCAUCCACAGUCUAAACUCCUCUUCCCAUCACAGAAAAUGACAAUGGCAUUACUCAAAAUCUUCUUCUUCCUUCUCUGUUUCAUAAUGUUAUCCCUUCUUGUCCCGUCUCACGCCCAAAACUCCAACCAAGACUACGUGAAUGCCCACAACACGCCGCGUGGCCAAGUGGGCGUAGGGGUCGUAACAUGGAACACAACACUUGAAACCUACGCACAGAACUACGCGAAUCAAAGAAAGGGCGACUGCAAUCUUGUCCACUCCUAUGGUCCUUACGGCGAAAACCUGGCUAAGGGGAGUGCCUCCUCCUUCACAGGCACGGCCGCGGUUAACUUGUGGGUUGCGGAGAAGCAGUACUAUAAUUAUGGUUCCAACACAUGUGCAACUGGACAGCAGUGUGGACAUUACACGCAGGUUGUCUGGAGGGAUUCUGUCAGAAUUGGAUGUGCUAGGGUUAGUUGCAAUAACGGAUGGUAUUAUGUUAUUUGCAGCUACGAUCCUCCUGGUAACUGGCAGGGGGAGUGGCCAUACUAGCUACAACAGUUUUUAACUAACUGUUUAAGCUAAAUAUUUGUAUUAUGUAUAUACUACAGUAUGAUGAAUAAGCUGCUCGAUAUAGAGCACAAGUCAUAUAAAAAUAUUUUACAGCCUAAUAAAAGUAGAGAGUCGAGAGAUCCCGGCUGUGGACUUUCUCUCUUUGCAUUUGUACUAACGAAGAGUCCUUCAUCGCAUUGGCUGGUGAUACUUGUCAGUGUUCCGGUAUGACGUGACACGAAACACGAAUUACAAAGUCAUCUUCAAGUAGAAUUGCAUCCAUGUACGGAUGCUAAUUUAUGAAAGCUUCUGUUUCAUUUAGUGACAGGAGAAAUAGUGUCACAAUCUACUCUU